GGUUUCAUUUCUUCUUUCACUGCGUCAAAACUCACACAGCCAAAAAGAGCAUGCACAAGCACAAGCACAAGCACAAGCACAAACCAAUAUUUGGUGAUUCCUGAUAGAUUCCGCAAUGUCGACGGAGAGGCUGAUUUCCAGCUACGAUCGGUCCGCCUUCUCCUCGUCUCACUCGCUAUUCUACAGCGGCGACGCGGCCUCCUCCUCCUGGAUUUUCGAUGAGUUGCCGACGGCGACUGUAGUGUCGGUCUCGCGUCCCGAUGCCAGCGACAUCACGCCAUUGCUAUUGUCCUACAACAUUGAGCUCCAGUACAAGCAGUUCAAGUGGCAACUGCGGAAAAAGGCUUCUCAAGUAAUUUAUUUACACCUCUCACUAAAGAAACGUGCAUUAAUCGAAGAGUUUCAUGAGAAGCAGGAGCAGGUUAAGGAACUUCUGCAUAACAUAGGAGUAGGAGAUCAUGCAACUGUUUUGCAUGAUGAGGAUGACCCCGAUAAUGGAGCUUUGCCAAUAUAUCAUGACGAAAGUCUUAGGAACAGAAAUGUUCCAUCAAGAGCUGCUCUUUCAGUUAUUGGGCCGGCCAUCGGUAAGCAACAGAUUUCAGACAAAGGAAAAGCUGCAAUGCAAGGUUACCUGAAUCAUUUUCUGGGAAACUUGGACAUUGUUAAUUCACGAGAGGUGUGCAAGUUCUUGGAGGUGUCUAGGUUAUCUUUUUCAGAAGAGUAUGGUCCAAAGUUGAAGGAAGGUUAUGUGUUGGUUAAGCAUUUGGACGGGUCUUCAGAGAACGAUACAUGCCCAGGUUCUUGGCUAUGCUCUUGUUGUUGUGGCAGAAAUUGGAAAAAAGUUUGGCUUGUUCUCAAACCGGGAUGCCUGGCUUUCCUUGGAAAUCAUUUUGAUACCAAACUCUUAGACAUAGUUGUCUUCGAUGUCCUGCCGGCUUCAAAUAAGAAAGGAGAUGAUGAAGUGCACUUGGCAAAACUGUCGGAGGAAUGGAAUCUUUUGCGUCAUGCAUUUAAGGUUUGUAGUGGGAAUCGAAGCAUAAAGAUAAGGACAACAAGUAACUCUAAAGUUAUAGAGUGGAUAUCUGCAAUUAAUGCCGUCGAGUCAAAGAGUUCUGAAAGUUGGUGUCAUCCUCACCGUUUUAAUUCAUUCGCUCCUACUCGAGGACUAGCAGAAGAUGGAAGCCUAGCUCAAUGGUUCAUAGAUGGAAAAGGAGCAUUUGAAUCAAUUGCUUCAUCCAUAGAGCGAGCUAGAUCCGAGAUAUAUAUAACCGGAUGGUGGCUUUGCCCAGAAUUGUACUUAAGACGACCAUAUCACAACAACAGCUCCUCAAGGCUUGAUAAUUUACUAGAGGCUAAAGCAAAGGAAGGGGUUCAGAUAUACAUUCUUCUCUACAAGGAAGUUUCUCUUGCUUUAAAAAUUAAUAGCUUAUUUAGUAAGAGAAAGCUUCUUAGCAUUCACGAAAAUGUCAAAGUUCUACGGUAUCCUGAUCAUUUGUCAACUGGCGUCUACUUAUGGUCUCACCAUGAAAAGCUUGUUAUUGUGGAUAACAAGAUAUGUUAUAUUGGAGGGCUAGAUUUAUGCUUUGGCCGAUUUGACACCACUGAACACAAAAUAAGUGAUUUGCCUUCUUCGCUAUGGCCUGGGAAAGACUACUACAAUCCCAGAGAAUCAGAGCCAAAUUCAUGGGAGGAUACACUAAAAGAUGAACUGGAUAGAGAAAAAUACCCCCGGAUGCCAUGGCAUGAUGUUCAUUGUGCCGUAUGGGGCCCUCCUUGCAGGGAUAUUGCUAGACAUUUUGUUCAGCGCUGGAACCAUGCAAAGAGGAGUAAAGCACCAAAUGAAGAGAAAAUACCUCUACUUAUACCGCAAAAUCAGAUGGUUUUACCACACUACAUGGGAAAAACCAGUGCAAUAGACAUUAACAGGAAAAUAUCUGAAGUCGAACCAGAGGGAUUGAGUAGGAAAAAUUCAUUUUCCUCGGAAACACCACCUGAUGACAUCCCACUACUUUUGCCACAUGAAGCGAAUGGUCCAGAGUCUCCUGUCAUGGAAAAUAGAUGGAAUGACUUCAACUCAAGUAGACAUACAACUGAGAAUAUUAGUCAUAGUAGAAGCAGCUCGCUUUCCAACCAAGACACAGGAUUUAGUUUCUUCGAUAACUAUGACACUGCCUGUAUAAAAAAUGCAACAGCAGUGGAGACAAACUCAGAUCAGCAACGAAGCCAAUUCAAAUCAGCCAAUGAAGUAACACAAGUUGGUCCACGGAGUUUAUGCCGCUGCCAGGUUGUCAGAAGUGUGAGCCAGUGGUCCGCCGGGACAAAUCAAACUGAGGACAGCAUUCAUAGAGCUUAUUGUGCUCUCAUUGAGGAGGCAGAGCACUUCAUAUACAUUGAGAAUCAAUUUUUUAUAUCAGGCCUUGCAGAAGAUGAAGUUAUACAAAACCGUGUGCUUGAAUCUCUGUAUAACCGCAUAAUGCGGGCUCACAAAGAAAAAAAGUGCUUCAGAGUCAUAAUCGUGCUCCCACUCUUACCUGGGUUUCAGGGCGGUGUGGAUGAUGGAGGUGCCGCUACUGUUAGAGCAAUAAUGCAUUGGCAGUAUCGUACUAUUUGCAGAGCAGAAAGUUCAAUAUUACAAAAACUUAGCUCAGAACUUGGUCCCUUGAUGCAUAAUUUCAUAUCAUUCUUUGGUUUAAGAAAUUAUGGCAGACUUUUUGGUAGUGGUCCUCUGGUUACCAGUCAGGUUUAUGUCCACAGCAAAGUUAUGAUAGUAGACGAUCGUCUUGCUUUGAUUGGGUCGUCCAAUAUUAAUGAUCGCAGUUUGUUGGGUUCAAGAGACUCAGAGAUUGCUCUUAUCUUAGAAGAUAAAGAGUUUGUUGAUUCAUCCAUGGAUGGGAGCCCAUGGAAGGCGGGAAGGUUUUCUUUUAGCCUUAGACUUUCCUUGUGGACUGAGCACCUUGGUCUAAACGCUGAGGAGGUCGCUAAAAUAAAAGACCCCGUAGCUGACACAACAUACAAAGAUUUCUGGUUAGAAAUAGCCGAGUCGAAUACAAAGAUAUAUCAUGAUGUUUUCUCUUGCAUCCCCAAUGACACCAUCCACUCCAGAUCCGCUCUGAGACAAAGUAUGAACCACUGGAAACAGAAGCUUAGGCACACAACAAUUGACUUAGGAGUGGCACCGGAGAAACUUGAAUAUCAUGAAAAUGGGAAAGUGAUCACAAUUGAUCCAGAGACGAAGCUAGAAUCAGUGAGAGGACAACUUGUUUCCUUCCCACUGGAGUUCAUGAGGCAAGAAGAUGACCUGAGACCAAUGUUUAUCGAGGGUGAGUUCUACGCUUCACCACAGGUAUUCCACUGAAUGUGUAGAUGAAUAUAUUUGUUGAAGACUUGUGUACAAAGUGUAAGCAAACAUGAAUCCUGAUUCCGAGUGUUCACAGCUGAAGCAAGGGCUCAUAUUUGGUCCAUUUUAGGUAGAAACAUCAUGUCAAUAUAUUCUAUUUUCAUCAUUGUAUACAUAAACACACUCAUAUCGGUUUCAGAUUAUAUUCAUCUGAUAGUCUAUCUUGUGAUCUUUCAUUUCAUAA